GGAGUCAGUGAAGGUGGGGUGUGCCAUCGUGCAGAGGAGAUGGCGUCCUACGAAGAAGUUGGGAUUGGGGACGCCGUGCUCCUGGAUGAAAUAUCAGUGCGAGCCUUUGUGAACAAUUUACAAGUCAGGUGAGCGAUGGUGAGGGAGACGCGGGGACAGGUGCACCAGGUGUCAUGUGAGGCGAGGCGUGGCAAGGUACAAUGGCGGGAAGAUCUACACAUACAUCGGCGAGGUGUGUGUGUCUGUCAACCCGUACAGAACCAACAACAUAUACGGCAAGGAGUUCGUCUCGCAGUACAAAGGUCGCGAAAUCUUCGAGCGGCCGCCACACAUCUUCGCCAUCGCCGAUGCCGCGUACAAGGCCAUGAAGCGGCGGGGAAAGGAUACCUGCAUUGUCAUCUCCGGCGAGUCAGGCUCCGGCAAGACCGAGGCGUCCAAGAUUAUCAUGAGAUACAUCGCCGCCGUCACCAACGUGGCCGGCCAACAGGAGGUGGAGAGAGUCAAGAACAUCUUGCUGCAGUCCAAUGCCAUCCUGGAGGCGUUCGGAAAUGCCAAGACCAACAGAAAUGACAACUCCUCACGGUUUGGAAAGUACAUGGACAUUAACUUUGACUUCAAGGGAGAUCCAAUUGGUGGCCAUGUUCAGAAUUACCUGCUGGAGAAGUCACGGGUUGUCCUUCAGCAGCAGGGCGAGAGAAACUUCCACUCCUUCUAUCAGGUGCUCUUCGGUGCGACAGACGCAGAGUUGUCGCGAUUGAAGUUGAAACGCAACGUGAAUGCCUACCACUUCAUCCGUCAGGGCGGCUCCCCGCGGGUGGACUCUAUUGCAGACAAGGCAGACUACAAGGCAUGUCAACAGGCCUUCAAGACACUCGGCUUCACACCAGACCAAGUGGACGCCAUUUGGAGGAUUGUGGGGGCCAUCCUUCAUCUUGGCAAUAUUGAGUUCAGUUCUGGUGGGGAUGAAACACAAGUUCAAAACCCACAAGAGGUGAACAGCAUUGCAGAGCUGCUCCGAGUGUCUCCAGAGGAUGUGAAGAAGGUGCUAUGCCAUCGUGUGAUUGCUGUUCGUGGAGAAGUGAUGGAGAAGCGCCACAAUGACAGCCAGGCAAGCCUCGGGCGAGAUGCCUUUGCAAAGGCCAUAUACGAGCGACUCUUCUCGUUCAUCGUGAAUGGGGUGAACAGUGCUAUAGAGGUCCGCUACGAGGGUGUUGCUGCUCGCUACAAGUACAACACUGUCAUAGGUGUUCUUGACAUCUAUGGCUUUGAGAUAUUUGAACGAAACAGUUUUGAGCAAUUCUGCAUCAAUUACUGUAACGAGAAACUACAGCAGCUUUUUAUUGAGCUGGUGUUGAAACAGGAGCAGGAGGAGUACAAGAGGGAAGGUAUUGCUUGGCAGAACAUUGAGUACUUCAACAACCAGAUCAUUUGUGACCUGGUGGAGCAGCAGCACAAGGGUAUCAUUGCCAUCACUGACGAAGCGUGUCUCAAUGUGGGCAAAAUUACUGAUGAGAUGCUGCUGGAGGCCAUGGAGAACAAGCUGAAGGGCCACAAGCACUUCACCACGCGCAAACUCUCCCCCAUGGACAAGGAACUCAAGCACGUGGAGGAGUUCCGGAUAAAGCACUACGCAGGUGAUGUGGUGUACAGCAUCAUGGGUUUCCUGGAGAAGAACAGGGACACACUCUUCCAAGACUUCAAGCGUUUGAUGUACAGCUCCUCAGACCCAGUCAUCUCUGAGAUGUGGCCAGAGGGAGCACAAGACAUCACUAUGACAACCAAGCGUCCCCUGACAGCGGGAACUCUCUUCAAGAACUCCAUGAUUGCACUGGUCAAAAAUCUGGCCAGCAAGGAACCUUACUAUAUACGUUGCAUCAAACCCAACGAACAGAAGUCUCCUGUCAUCUUUGACGAGGAACGCGUCACUCACCAGGUCAACUAUCUUGGCCUGGUUGAGAACCUGCGUGUGAGGAGAGCCGGCUUUGCAUACAGACAAAGCUACGAUCGAUUCCUGAGAAGAUACAAGAUGAUAUCACAGUACACUUGGCCAAAUUUCCAUGGUGGAACAGACCACGAGGGGACGAAGAUCUUGGUGGAGGAACAAGGCUUCACCAGUGACGUCAAGUAUGGCAAAACCAAGAUCUUUGUGCGUUCCCCACAGACACUCUUUGCUCUUGAACAGGCACGAGCAAAAUUGAUCCCUGGAAUUGUGAUCUUCCUGCAAAAAAUGUGGCGUGGUGCCAUCUGUCGCCUGAACUACCGGCGCAUGCUGGCAGCCAUCAAGAUCCUGAGACACUACCGCCUCUACAAGAUGAGGACCUACAUGCUGGAACUCAACAGGGUCUUCAGGAAUGUGAAGCAGAUGCCAGACUACGGGAAGCACAUUCGCUGGCCGGCCCCGCCACUCGUGCUGCGCUCCAUGGUGACAGACUUCCAGAGCAUCCACAACCGAUGGCGUGCUCACAUGAUCCUCUCCAACGUGCCAAAGUCAGAGUGGCCACAGCUGCGCAUCAAGGUUGUUGCUGGAGAUGCUCUGAUGGGCAAGAGAGUGGACUGGGGAGUGCGGGAAAACUGGGAGGGCAACUACCUGGCCUCCACCAAAGAGAACCCUGAGGCAUCCACCUUCCAGUCAGCUCUGAGGAACAUGCGCAACAAGGAUGGCUUCAGGGAGGUCCUGUUCUCAAGCCUGGUGCGCAAGAUCAACAAGAAAGACAAGAUGGCUGAGCGAGGGAUGGUGAUCACAGACAAACACAUCUACAAGCUACACAGCAAGACCUUCAAGCCUCUCAGGUCCCCCAUUCCCAUUCUUGAGGUAAGUGGGAUCAGUGUGAGCCCCGGACAGGAUCAGCUGGUAAUCAUCCAUCUGAGAGGCGGGAAUGACUUGGUGGUCUCCUUGACGUCCCAGACCAAUGCCAACAGAGUCGGAGAACUGACAGGCUUGCUGCUACGGCAAUAUCAGAUCCUGAACCGCAGUGAGCUGCGUGUGGUGGUGUCGUCCACGCUGCAGUGUAUGCUGGGCAACAAGAGCAAGGUCAUCACAGUGGAGGAGACUAACAUUGGUUCCUUCCCAGUGUUCAGGCGAGGCUCCAAAAAGGAUCUGGUGUACUCCUGGCCAUCAUCAUUCAACAAGGAACUACCUCCCACUCCAGCCAGCACCUUGAACCACAGAUCCUCACACCCCCGCCAGGCCCCACCACCGCCCCCCUCCCGCUCCCCUGUCAAUGGCCACCACAGGAAUUCCAACGGUCACCAGAUCCACAACUACAGCAAUGUUCCUCCCAUGACCAAGAUGAAUGGACAGUCACACACAAACAGUCACCUCCACAGGAAUGAGAAUGGCCGCCUCUAUGCCAACGCUGGGCAGUACUGAACGCCCCUUCAUGUUGUGUGUGUGAUGGAUGAGUGAUGGAUGAGUCAGGGUAAUGCUUAAGUAGUCAGAGAGAGUGUGUGUGUGUGUGUGUGUGUGUGUGUGUGUGUGUGUGCGUAAGUUAUCAUGGCACCUGCAUUUGGUUGAUUUCUGAAACUUGAAUACAUACAUACUUGUUCAGAAUUUGCCUAUCAUUCAUUCAUUUUGUUAACAUAUUAUAGCUCCAAGCAGUACUAUUCAUUUCUGAACACUGACAGAGUAGUCAUAUUUGUAUUCCACAUUUUGGCUCAUGCAUCAUUCUAGGGACCAAGACAGCCAACCUCCUCACCUUAUUUCUACUUUUGAUGGAUGACAUUAAUUUUAUAGAAUAUUGUGGCUCAUAUAUUUGUUCUUAAGUUUUUAUACUUGCUUUUUUUGUUUGUUUUUCUAAUAAGAACUACCAAAUAUAUAUAGCAUGGCUUAGAGGGCUGAACAGCCAAAAUACUUGACUCUUUCCUAUCCUAUAAUAAUUACAAGACUUCACCACUCUAUCCUAAUCUCUCCAAAUUGCUAUGUGUGUCGUUCCUGCACCAAGUUGAAGGGCAGUGGCUUAUUACUGUAAGGAAGGUGUCAAGAGGAGGAGAAGAACGUGACACUGCUCUGUUAAUGACUUGCUAGAGAUCCAGUCCUAUUCACACCAGAUUAUCAAGAUAGUGCUGCCUUCUUGUAAGGUAACUAGCAUCAAAAGAAUGUACAUGUGCAAUGGUGCAAAUACCAACAACUUGCUGCAGAAAUGUACACAAGAACAUCACUCAUUGUUUUAUAGACCUUUGAAAGCCAUAGAAAUAUAUUCGUUAUCCUGAGAUGUCUGUUGGAGUGAAAAGUAUCCUCAGUCUGACAGACUCUCACUAAAUGUAUUUUGUAACAAGCAAUAUAUAUAAUACAUACUUUGUUGUAAAUGUGCAUUUAAUGUACAAAGUGAAAACAGUUAGAACAAAGCUUUAUUCAAUGACUGCAGACAGACUCAUGACAAAUAACAAAUAUAGUUCUUGAUUCUUAAAUUAUAUGGACACUGUACAUUUCAAAAGUUGUCAGGAACUAUAAUUGUUCUUGUGUCGUGUUCAUAUGGGUAUUCUCCAGUUUGUAAAUACUUAUGUAUACAAAUAGUUAUAUUUGAUAUCAUGAAACAAGUGAUGAAUUGUUGAGCUUGUGUUGCCAUUUUCCUUCUCUUACAAAGUGAAUGUAAACCGAACCAGACCAUGAGGUGAGUCAAGGGUGCCGUGCCUUCAAAAGUGACAGCGUUGCCAGUGGUUGCACCAACAAGCUCCUCAUCACUGUAUCAUAAUAUUGCAUUAUAUAUAACCCUGUACUUAAAUAAUGGUGCAUUUCUUUCUACAUACUAUUAAGUUAAAACACGUCCUGUAUAUUUUUCUAUAGUUUGCAAAUGUAUGAGUAUUUCUGUGCCAUUUAUGUGGGUUGAAAGAGAAUUGUUAAAUAUUUAUGUACAUAAAAGAUGUUGACAAGAAAAUUGACUUCAAUAGAAGUAGCCAGGCUGGCUUCCAGAUUUAUCAUUGAUUAUCUGUCUUAGCUCCACCCCAUGUAGGGGGAUGCAAGCUGCUAUCUAGGUACACUUCUAUCUUAAUGGACCUGUCUAUGGAGAUCAAAGAUACUAACCACUGCACACACAGCCUAUAACCAUUUAUAUUCACUUCCUUAUCUGUGCUGUCCCUUUAGUGGUUGCAAUCCUUUUGGCUCCAACAAGUUCUGUUCUUCAAAACACAGCAUAGCUAGCUAGGCCUACAUGUUUUGGGGAUAAUUCUUGUAAGUGCCUCAUACUUUUUGAAUACUUUAUACAUUUGUUUGGAAAAUAAACAAAUUAUCAAAUAAA